CUUUGGUCAAAGUCUGUCCGAGUCUAUCAUGGAGAUGGUCAGAUCUAGGUCGGUUGUGACUCCAUGAAGAUGCCUGCCUGUUUUCGUCAGAAAGAGCUGGCAACACCGCUGUGACAUGAAAUGAAGUGACAAGUGAACGGCUUGCUUCAGCGUACUUGCAUUCUUAGAGUUAGACAAUAUUAUAUUUGGAUUCAAUACGAUAUGGUUUGAGUUGUGUAGUGCAGAUAGUAAUAUUCACUACUAUCAUUUCAAUAUAAGUGACUUUUAUUAUAGCUCAACUUUUAAAUUCAUGUGAAAUCGUGAUUAACAAACAUUAAGCGACCUACGUUGGACAUGCUAGAUAACUAAACAAACAUCGCAAUGGCCAGUCCAUCUCCACAAAGCAGUCCCAUGCCUCCGCCGCAGGCUCCGAGCCCAAUGGGGCCACCUAUACAAAGUCCGGCGCCACCGCAGUCUCCACAUAGCCCAUAUAAUCCGCAACAUGUUAACGGACCACCGCCAUCCCACCCUCCUGGACCAGGUCAACCACAAAUGCCUAAUCACAUGUCUCCGUCGGGCCAACCCUCGCAUCCUAUUGGGCCAAAUACUAAUGGACCACCUGGAGUACCCCAGCCACACCCAGGGAUGCCUUCUAGUGGACAUCAAAUUCCUCCUCAUAUGGUGGGACCUCAUAUGCAGGGUCCUCCAGGACAUCCAAUUGCUCCAGGUGGAUCACAUCCACCAGGUCCUAACGGUCACCCUAACAUACCCAGUAACCCGCCCCAUCCUAAUAUGCAGGGUCAACCACCCCAUGGAUACAUGCAACAUCAAAUGGGACACAUGCCCCCUGGCCAGGGCCAUCCAAUGUCAGGGGGACCCCCUCCGCCGGGAAAUGGUCCACCGGGGCCACCAGGCGCGCCUAUGUCGAUGUCAGGCCCCCCGCCUCAUCCGAGCCACUUGGGACAAGGAAUGCCUCCUGCCACACCUCCCCACAUGCCCCCUCACCAUGCUUUGAUGCCAGGUCAGGGCCCGCCGCCCCACACCCCUGGCCCCGCCUAUGGGCACGGCCCCCCUCCCGCGGGAGGGCCGGUUCCUCCCGCGGCUCAGGGCGCUCCGGCACAACCGCAACCCGGGGCUUCGCAACAUCCGCCUGCGGCGCAAACACCUCCUCAUAUCCAGGGCCCGCCGCCGCCUACCUCCUCCGCUAACGGCGGACCGACAUCGUCUUCUCCAAUGCAAGGCUCGCUGGCGACUCCUGGCCCUGAUAAUUUAAACGCCCUCCAACGAGCAAUAGAUUCGAUGGAGGAAAAAGGUCUUCAAGAAGAUCCAAGAUAUUCACAGCUUCUUCUGCUUAGAGCACGAUCGAAUUCGCAAGACCCCAGUAAAGGACUAUUUUCUAACACCCAAAUCUGUCAACUAAAAGCUCAAAUAUCGGCGUACCGCAACUUGGCGCGGAACCAGCCCGUGCCGCCGGACACAGCGCUGAUGGCGGCCGGCAAGAGGUCGGGCGCGGCGCCGCCCGAGUGCCCCACGCCGCCCGCCGCGCCGCCCUACGAGGGGCAGGGCGGCGCGGGCGGCAAGGCGGGCGGCGGCGCGGCGGCCGACGCGGCGCGGGGGCAGGGCGGCGCGCCGCCCACGCCGCUGCCCAUGACGGGGCAGAUGGCGCCCCCAACGCAACCCACGCCGCCACUUGUUAAUCCGCCAAUAGGAGGCGCUCCGCCGAUGCGAGGCGCCGCCCCUUUGCAGCGCCCUCCAGGGCCGGGCGCGCCUCAACAACAGCAACAGCAGCCUGGUGCACCAAUACCAGGUGCUAAGCAGAACCGUGUAACCAGCAUACCCAAGCCAGUGGGCCUCGAUCCGUUACAAAUUUUGAAUGAAAGGGAAAACAGGAUUGCUGCCCGCAUCGCGCAUCGCAUGGAGAUAUUAUCCAACCUUCCAGCCAACAUGUCGGACGACCUCCGUCUGCAAGCACAAAUUGAAUUGAGAGCUUUGCGCGUGCUCAACUUCCAGAAGCAACUCCGCGCAGAGAUACUGGGUCAAGUGCGUCGCGAUACGACUUUAGAAACUGCAGUGAACAUUAAAGCGUACAAGCGCACAAAGAGACAGGGUUUGAGGGAAGCCCGCGCCACUGAGAAGCUGGAGAAGCAACAGAAACUCGAGGCCGAGAGGAAGCGCCGCCAGAAGCAUCAAGAGUUCUUGCAGACUGUUCUGCAGCAUGCCAAAGACUUCAAAGAGUAUCAUCGCAACAACUUGGCGAAGAUGGCGCGCAUAAAUAAGGCUAUAAUGAACCAUCACGCGAACGCUGAGCGCGAGCAAAAGAAGGAACAGGAGCGCAUUGAGAAGGAGCGUAUGAGACGUUUGAUGGCAGAAGACGAAGAGGGGUACAGGAAGCUCAUCGAUCAGAAGAAAGACAAGCGUCUGGCGUUCCUUCUGUCGCAGACGGACGAAUACAUCGCGAGUCUCACGGAGAUGGUGAAGCAGCACAAACAGGAGCAACGCAAGAAACAGGCCGAGGAGGAGAAAAGGAAGCGGAAAUCCAGAAAGAAGAAGUUGCUGGAAGGCGGCGAAAUCGACGCUACGGAUGACAGCUCACAAACUUCAGACUCUCGGGUCAGCGUGAUGGAUCCCAAGACUGGAGAGAUACUGAAAGGCGAAGAAGCGCCGUUGCUGUCUCAACUCAAGGACUGGAUGGAAACCCACCCCGGCUGGGAGGUGCUCUCCGAUUCCGACGACUCCGAUGACGACAGCCAAGACGAUGAUGAAAAGCGGCGAGAUAAGAAGGACGGCAAAGAUGACAAGGAGAAGACGGACGAAGAGAAGGCUCGCGACAUGAUCAAGAAGGCCAAGGUCGAAGACGAUGAGUACAAGACAGAGGAACAGACUUAUUAUAGUAUUGCACAUACAGUCCACGAGUCUGUCACAGAACAAGCCAGCAUUUUGGUGAACGGAAAACUCAAAGAAUAUCAGAUCAAGGGGUUAGAAUGGCUUGUGUCCUUGUUCAACAACAAUCUAAACGGUAUCUUGGCAGACGAGAUGGGUCUCGGAAAGACUAUUCAAACAAUUGCAUUGGUCACCUAUCUCAUGGAGAAGAAGAAAGUCAAUGGGCCGUUUUUGAUUAUCGUGCCAUUGAGUACGCUCUCUAACUGGGUGUUAGAGUUCGAGAAGUGGGCGCCGACAGUGACCGUGGUGUCGUACAAGGGCUCGCCACAGUCGCGGCGCCUCGUGCAAGCGCAGAUGAGAUCCACCAAGUUCAAUGUACUCCUCACUACGUAUGAGUACGUCAUCAAGGAUAAGGCUGUGUUGGCAAAGGUGCAAUGGAAGUACAUGAUAAUCGACGAAGGUCACCGUAUGAAGAACCACCACUGCAAGCUGACUCAAGUGCUGAACACGCACUACAUCGCGCCACACCGGCUGCUCCUCACGGGCACGCCGCUGCAGAACAAGUUGCCUGAAUUGUGGGCGCUGCUUAACUUCCUUCUACCUUCUAUAUUCAAAAGUUGCUCCACUUUCGAACAGUGGUUCAAUGCGCCGUUUGCUACUACUGGAGAAAAGGUGGAGUUGAACGAAGAAGAAACAAUCCUUAUCAUCCGUCGUCUACACAAGGUGUUGCGCCCGUUCCUGCUGCGGCGCCUGAAGAAGGAGGUGGAGAGCCAGCUUCCCGACAAGGUGGAGUACAUCAUCAAGUGCGAGAUGAGCGGCUUGCAGCGCGUGCUCUACAAGCACAUGCAAUCAAAGGGUGUACUCCUGACAGACGGGUCAGAGAAGGGCAACAAAGGCAAGGGCGGCGCUAAAGCUCUGAUGAACACUAUCGUGCAGCUCCGGAAGCUGUGCAACCAUCCGUUCAUGUUCCAGCACAUCGAGGAAAAGUUCUGCGACCACGUCGGCUCAGGAGGGACUGUGGUUAGCGGACCAGACCUGUACCGUGUAUCGGGCAAGUUCGAACUUCUGGACCGUAUUCUGCCGAAACUGAAGAAGACAGGGCAUCGAGUGCUGGUCUUCUGCCAAAUGACGCAAUGCAUGACCAUUAUCGAGGACUAUCUUUCAUGGAGGGGCUUUCAGUAUCUGAGACUGGACGGGAUGACAAAGGCGGAGGACCGCGGCGAGUUGCUGAAGAAGUUCAACGACCCGAACUCCGAGUACUUCAUCUUCCUGCUGUCCACGCGCGCCGGCGGGCUCGGCCUCAACCUGCAGAGCGCGGACACCGUCAUCAUCUUCGACUCCGACUGGAACCCGCACCAGGAUCUGCAAGCUCAAGAUCGCGCUCAUCGCAUCGGUCAACGCAACGAAGUCCGCGUCCUGCGACUCAUGACUGUCAAUUCUGUGGAAGAGAGGAUUCUAGCAGCGGCUAGAUACAAAUUGAACAUGGACGAGAAAGUAAUCCAAGCUGGUAUGUUCGAUCAAAAGUCUACUGGUUCAGAGCGUCAGCAGUUUCUGCAGAGCAUCUUGCAUCAAGACGGAGAUGACGAAGAGGAAGAGAACGAAGUGCCGGACGACGACCUGAUCAACGAGAUGAUAGCCCGUUCGGAGGAAGAGCUGGAGAUCUUCAAGCAGGCUGACAUCGAGCGCAAGAAGACGGAGACGCAGUCGCGGCUCAUCGACGAGUCGGAAUUACCCGACUGGCUCGUCAAGGACGACGACGAAGUCGUUUGCAAUAAGGGCCAGGGAUGGAAUUACAUGGACGAGGACGAAACGCUCGGACGCGGUUCGCGCCAACGCAAAGAAGUUGACUACACGGACUCGCUCACCGAGAAGGAGUGGCUCAAGGCGAUCGACGAGGAGUUCGAGGAGGACGAAGAGGAGGACGACGACGACGAGGUGCUCGACAAGAAGCGCAAGAAGGGACGCAAGCGGCGCCGUGAUGAUUCUGAUGAAGAUGAAGCGCCAAGCUCUUCAAAGAAGAAGAGCAAAACUGAAAUAAAUUUAUUGAAGAAACGCCUGAAGAAUAUAAUGAAGAAAGUGAUCGACUAUGCUGACGAAAAUGGCAGAGUUUUGUCAGAGCCUUUCAUGAAGCUACCAUCGCGACGCGAGCUGCCAGAUUAUUAUGACGUCAUCAAAAAACCUUUGGACAUUAAAAAGAUCAUGAAUAGAAUAGAAGAUGGAAAGUAUAACGAAAUAUCGGACCUUGAAAGGGAUUUCUUUACACUGUGUGCGAACGCACAGACGUACAACGAGGAAGCGUCGCUUAUAUACGAAGACUCUGUACGGCUGCGCAACGUGUUCAUAGAACUACGGCGUCGGUACGAGGCUGGGCAGAACUCCGAUGAAUCUGAUGAUAAUGAAAAAGAUGAAGAGGAUUCGGAUGGCGAAUCCAACCGCUCAGUGAAAAUGAAGAUAAAACUAAAAGGCAAGAGCAAGAACACUCCAAGAAAAAGGAAGCAGAGAAAAUAUAUAUCUGAUGAUGAAGACUAUGAGGAAGAUUGAACCGCAACAAUCUCUCUAACAUCUCUGUAGCAGUAGUUUAUUUUAUAUAAAAUGCAAAAGUAAUUGUGUUACUUUGUCAAAGCAAAAUUUUAAUAAUAUGAGGCACACACAGACGUCUUAUCUUAUUCAGUCCUCUUGCCACUUAUCAUCAUGUGGUGGCCUUUAUUUAUAUUUUAAUUAAGCUAUAUUGAAUCUAACUAAGUGGAUAGAUUAAUUGCUGUAUUUUAGGUUGCGACAUACUUGUAGGAAGUAGUUGACAUUCGAUUGUGGAAGUUUCAAUUCCGUA